AUGCCGACGAUUUCGGAGGUGAAGCUCGACUUCAAGGAUGCUUCGCGCUGCAGACUGAAGAGGAGCACACUAUCCUCACGAUCCGAGGUCACCGGAAUAUGUGCCGAUUUUGUGAUGCUGGGUGGAAUGUUUGCCGGCCAUGACCAAAGCGGUGGUGAACUGAUCGAAAAGGAUGGAAGGUACUACAAGAUGUUCUACGGGAUGUCCUCCGACACGGCGAUGAAGAAGUACCACGGCGCCGUCGCCGAAUACCGUGCCAGCGAGGGCAAAACGGUACAGAUGCCCUACCGUGGAGACGUGAUGAACACUGUCCAAGACAUUCUGGGCGGCAUUCGAUCAGCAUGCACGUAUACGGGAUCAAAAGAAACUGAAG